UUGAUCUGAAUUGGUUGGUCAGACUUUGUGGUUAAUCUCUCCAUCAGAUGUUAGAUGUUUACUACAAAUUGGAAUGUUCAGUGUUGUUACUGCGUGUUGAUUUGGAACAGUUGUUUUUGUUUUUUUGGGAACAACGGGGAUAAGAACCCCAAACCUACGAGAACCGUCUUCUAUUUAACACAUGGAACCAAAGAAAUAUAAUUGAACUAAGAGAAAGAAAAAAACAUGUUCUGUUAUACCUCUUCUUGAAUCCUUCCUCGUCCACAUGGGCUUCUAACUUUUUCCCUAUCUUGGUUUUUCAGUAACAAAUAUCAGGAGAAAAAUUCCAAAUUGUGUCUUCCAUUUUCUUUCCUUAAAUGCCUUUUUAUUAUUCAAGGUCCACAUGAUGGAGAAUGAGCCACAUAGCAUCUCAUCUGACAUGGGUGUGAAGAUGACCGAUUCAAGUGACAACAUCCCACUGUUACUCACCCAAUCUCACCCUCUCAAAAGGACAGGGACGGUGUGGACAGCAGUGGCACACAUAGUGACAGGGGUGAUAGGAUCUGGAGUGUUGUCUCUGCCUUGGAGCACUGCACAGCUAGGGUGGAUUGCAGGCCCGUUUUCAAUCCUUCUCGUUGCUUCUGCCACUCUCUUCUCUUCUUUUCUUCAAUGCAACACUUAUCGCCAUCCCUGUCCUGAAGAGGGUCCUCACAGGAGUGCCUCCUACCUUGAUGUUGUCCAUUUGCAUUUAGGGAUAAGGAAUGGACGCCUCAGUGGCCUUCUUGUGAAUAUAAGUUUUUAUGGUUUUGGAAUUGCCUACGUCAUUACAGCAGCUAUCAGUUUAAGUGCAAUCCAAAAUUCAUUUUGUUACCACAACCAAGGGCGGGAAGCAUCAUGUGAAUCUGCUGAUGUAUAUUAUAUGCUGCUUUUUGGGGCUGUCCAAAUUGUUCUGUCACAGAUACCCAACUUCCAUAACAUCGAAUGGUUAUCGGUUGUUGCUGCAAUUAUGUCCUUUACUUAUUCUUUCAUAGGAGUGGGGCUUUCCAUUGCAACAAUUAUAGAAAAAGGACAUGCUGAGGGUAGCAUUGGAGGAAUCAGUACCUCCAGUGGAACUGAAAAGUUAUGGCUGAUUUGUCAAGCACUUGGUGACAUAUCAUUCUCAUAUCCAUUCUCGAUAAUUCUUUUGGAAAUACAGGAUACUUUGAAAACACCUCCACCAGAAAACCAAACCAUGAAGAAGGCCUCAGUAAUAGCUGUCACUAUCCAAACCUUGUUGUUCCUCUGUUGUGGAGCUGCUGGAUAUGCUGCCUUUGGUGAUAAUGCACCCGGAAACCUUUUAGCAGGGUUCGGAUCCUCCAAGUCUUAUUGGCUUGUGAAUUUUGCCAAUGUUUGUAUAGUGGUUCACCUACUUGGUUCAUAUCAGGUGUAUAGCCAGCCACUUUUUGCCACAUUUGAGAAUUGGUUCCGUUUUAAAUUCCCAGAUAGUGAAUUUGUGAAUCACACAUAUAUGUUGAAACUCCCGUUGCUGCCAGCCUUUGAACUUAAUUUUCUCUGCCUGUCUUUCCGAACCGCUUAUGUUGUAUCGACAGUUGUGGUUGCAAUCAUCUUUCCUUACUUCAAUCAGAUUUUGGGAGUUUUGGGUAGCAUAAGUUUUUGGCCGUUGACCAUAUAUUUUCCAGUGGAAAUUUACUUGGGUCAGUCCAACACUGUAGCGUGGACGACUAAGUGGAUCCUGCUUCGGACUUUCACCAUUUUUGGCUUUGUAUUUGGUUUGUUAUGUUUCAUUGGAUGUAUUGAAGGAAUAAUAACUGAAAAAAUAAGCUAAGCUUUGAGACCUCUCCAGGUAUUGGGGCAAAGGAAUUAGAUUCAGAUAGCCUACAGAUCAACCAAUUUUAAUACAAUUUUUAUGGAUUUAUACUUGAUUUUGUUGGGUAUUUAUUGUUCCUAAUAUUGGUAUUCUAGCUGUAUGUUUGGAUUUAGUUGGGCUUUAAUGCAAAUCUUAAUUUUUGGA